GUCACGGGUGUCCCUGAGCUCAGGGCUCUGCUGGGCUGUGCCAGUCUCUCCCUCUGUGCCCUCUGCCUGCUGCUGUGCCCUCCCUCCGGCCCCCUCCCCUCCCGGGCCAUGUCCAAACUCACCCCCAAAACGGCCUUCAAAACUCUUCCGGAGCGGGGGGCCGGGCCCCCCGGGCCCCCCGGGUACAGAGGGGACAGCCCGGAGGCCGGCGGGGAGGAGGAGGACGAGGAGGAGGAAGAGGAGGUGCCCAGGCCCAAAAACUACCUGUUCCUCACCAUUUUCUCAUGCUUCUGCCCCGCGUACCCCAUCAACAUCGUGGCUUUCGUCUUCUCUGUCAUGGCUCUGAACAGCUAUAACCAAGGAGACGUGGAAGGGUCCCGAAGACUGGGUCAGAACGCCAAAUGGGUGGCCAUCGCGGCCAUCGUCAUCGGCCUCCUCCUCAUCGCGACCUACUGCGUAGUUCACUUCAGCGGAUGGUCCGAAUUUUGAUGGACUGCAGGUCGCCGGAAGGAAUAGCCGCAACUCAACCCCAGAGAACGAAGUUUCUGAAGAAGUUCCUAUCUAUCCCCCGUCACAGACUGUUUGAUCCUUCCCCUCGCGAUCCCCUCCCGAGACGGGGCCGGCCCCGGCGGACGAACCCGACGACGGAUGAGCCCAGUCCCAAGCGGCGCCAAUGGUAUCGCCCCAGCCUUGAUUGGUAAAACCUAAUCUCAGUGAAGCCCCCUCCCACCUUCUCCUCUCCUCAGAGUUCGAGGUGCGGGGGACGGCGUUGGAAGGCCUCCAGAAUCCUCCUGGAUUCUGGAUUUGGGGAGGGGGGUCCCCGUGAGAACCCGCACCCCCGACCCAGCACGUGGAUGCUGCGCACAGCGAAGGGGGAAGAGAUGGAGCGUAUCUCGGGGCGCCCAGCACCGAACACCCGACCGCAUGUGGCGAACCGACCGUAGCGGUCCCCGCAGAGGGAGACCGCCCCCCGGCCCUCCUCUUACCAGGGAGGAUGGGUUUGAAGGGAUGGACCGGUCCUCUCCUCACGAAUCGCUCGUUUUUCCCGGCCGAAUCUCUUGUCCCCUCUCCUGCGGCUUCCCGCUCCCUGUACCCCCUCCAGCCGGGGGGUCAACCUCGGUGCCGUGGACGUCUCGUCUCCCUCCCGCGAAUGAACCGCCCGUGUCCGGAAUGGGGUCUUUUCAUUCUUUUCCCACCCCCCCGGCCAUUCCCUCACAGCCCCGCGUGAAUGUCGCCUCUGACUCCCUGAACCCCAGUUCCUACUGCCUGCCAAAGCCCUCUUUCCUUAAACGUCCCUGCUGGGCUGAUAUCCUUGUUAAAGCUCACCUCGGGCUCCCGUCGAAACUCCGGUUGCGGCCCGGGCCCCGGACCUUCACCCCCUGGGAGUACCGGGGGGUGAGGAGGCCGGAGGGGGACGUCACCCUCCGCCACACAGAAUUCCGAGAUUCCGUCCUCGGGUUUCCGAUUCCCCGGGGGCGCCUCUGGAGCUGGCUCUCUCUCCUCGAGGGGACCCGAGCGCGUGGCCGAGAGUCAGAAUAAAUCUGGUUUUAUCUAAACGCUUCGA